UCCCGUAGCGGCGGCGCACCUGGUGCGCAUGACGCCGCGAUUGUGAUGACGAGUCGUGGAAACAGCUGGCGUCCUCCGUCAAACCAGCGCUCCGGGCCGGCGAACAUGGACGGGGCCAGAGGGGGGGGGGAGAAACCAGAAGUUUGAUUUGGAUCCGGAGAGACCGAGUCCCCGCCGUUAGUUCGUCGACGCGGCGAAUGACGCCGCUGCGCCGGCUCCGAGCCGCCUUGUUUUCGGCGACGUUAACCGACAUUAGCCCGCCCGGGGUUUGUUAGCCUAGCCCAUUGAGUUCCAGUGCGGUCGGUGGCUAACGCCGCCUAGCGAGCUAGCUUAAACUGCUAACCAACUUGCCUUGGCCCCCCCCAGCGAAAAAGUCCCGAGCUGACGUUGCCCGGUUAUAACGCCUUGUCAGCGGUUGUUGAGUCGCCCGCGGGUUUGCCGGCUCUUGGUCGUGUGACAGUAUGGCCCACGUACACUACAAAUUCUCCUCCAAACUCAAGUACGACACGGUGGUUUUCGACGGCCCGCACAUCACGCUGAGGGAGCUGAAGAGGCAGAUCAUGGGACGGGAGAGACUCCGAGCCGCCGACUGCGACCUGCAGAUAACCAGCGCACAGACCAAAGAAGAGUACACAGAUGAUGAUGCCGUCAUCACCAAGAACUCGUCCGUUAUCAUCAGAAGAAUCCCUGUGGUGGGAGUCAAGUCUUCCAGCAGCAAGUCUUCUACCGUCGAGCGUUCUGACAAUCAAGCCCACCGCCACACCUUCGGAGUCUCCAAAGCAGUGGGUAAUUGGAGCGCCUCCAGACCUCCGGGCAUUUUCUCUAAGACUGUCAACUUAGCGGAGAUGGACGCAUCAGAGGAGGACAAGAUCAGAGCCAUGAUGUCCCAGUCCAACCAUGAAUAUGACCCCAUGAACUACAUGAAAAAGCAAGGCCUUGCUCCACCUGCUAACUACACCUGUUACCGCUGUAGGAGGAGCGGACACCACAUCAGGAACUGUCCCACCAAUGGGGAUAAAAGUUAUGAAGCUCCUCCCAGGGCAAAAAAAAGUACAGGCAUCCCUUCUACCAACAUGAAGCCAGUAGAUGACCCCAGCAUCAAAGGAGCCAUGCUCACCAACUCUGGGCGAUACGCCAUCCCUAUAAUAACUGCCGAGGCAUAUGCCCUGGAAAAGAAGGAGAAGCCUCCGUUUGUCCCCCAUGUACAGCCUGUGUCAGAGGACAAGAAGGACCCUGUGCCCAGCGAACUGCGCUGUCUGAUCUGUAAAGGCCUGCUGGACGACGCUGUAGUCAUCCCCUGCUGUGGCAACAGCUACUGUGAUGACUGUAUUCGCAACACCUUGCUCGACUCUGAUGAACACGUCUGUCCCACCUGUUACACAUCGGACGUCUCCCCUGAUGCCCUCGUCGCCAACAAAUUCCUCCGACAGGCUGUGAACAACUAUAAGAAUGAGAGAGGCUACUCCAAAGGCCUGAUGAAAGCAUUCGCCAACACCACUUCCCAGACUCCGACUCCAACUCCGACCUUGACCCCAACCCCGAGCCCUGCUCCAACCCCGCCUCCUGCCCCCACACAGACACCCCCCCAGAGGCCCUACCAGCCAAUCCGCAGCCAGCGGGACCUUCUCAUACCAUGUCCACUGGCCUCAGACACCCUACUGUUGCCUCAGCUGACUGGGACUCCUCCCAUACCUGCAGGUCCUUCCUCCAGCUACAGUACACCGGUCCCCUCCCCCCAAUCGCUGCAGAACCACCUGGAGACACUCAAAGAGGAGGAGAGUGAGACUCCUGUCAGUACAUCUGCUGUUACCCUGGUGUCUACAGACUCCUCUGCUAAUCCAUCAUCACCACUGAAAACUACAGCUUACCAUACACCAGUAGUGGGCCACCUGCAGUCGACCAGCCUAAAUCCACGCCCGACAUCCUCAGAACAAAUGCGGAGUUACUCCGGACCACCUCCCAGCUGGGAGAGCUCAUCUUCUUCGGGCGGCUGGACACAUUCAAACAACCACCUUCCCCCUUCCUCCUGCUCCCUAUCCUCACCCAUGCCUCCUACCUUCCCCCCUCCGUCCCUCUUCUCCUCCUCUCCCCAGUUCCCUCCCUACCCCCCGGGACAGCAGCUCCCAACCAUCUACCCGCCCGGAUACCCCUUUACCCCUGCCACACACCCCUGGGCACCUUCAGCCCCCUCAGGUGCACCCAUCCCUUCCCUCGCCUCCUCCUCCUCCUCCUCUUCCUCCUCGUCCUCUUCCUCCCCCUCCUCCAUCCCUCCACUCAUCCCUAAAGAGGAGUUAUACAGAAAACAAAGGAGGGUGAAAGAAAGAUACGUUAGCCCGCCGAGUUGCACGUCGAGCCGAGCCCGGCAGAAAUCCAAGCUGGAUGAGAUGACCAAUGACUUUGCCAAAGAGCUGCUGGAGUACAAAAAGUUCCAAAAGGAGAGGAAACGCUCCUACUCCAGGUCGCCCUACCGAGGUUCUUCCCGCAGCCGCUCCUCCUCCCAUUCUGGCUCCAAGUCUUACUCUCGUUCUCGCUCCAGCUCGCGCUCAGUCAGCCGCUCCAGAUCCCGAUCCCGAUCCAGAUCCAGGUCCAGGUACCGAUCAUCUCAUUCCAGAAAAAGACAAUGCUCCACCCAUUCCCGCACCCAACGUACCCAUAAGUAUGGUUACAGGCGGUCACGCUCCAUCACGCCAUCUUCAUCAUCCUCCCACCGCGGUGCCUACUGCUCCAAGUCCCGAUCCAGGUCACCAGGAGCAGCAGCGUACCGGCGCAACUGCCAACCCCAGAGCAAGAGGCCAGUGCCAAGCAGCCGCAGAGAACGACACCAAGGGAACACGACUGGACGUAACCAGAGGGAGGGGGAAGGAGGCAGGGGGACAGCAGCGGGCUGUUAUCCCGGCAACCUGCAGUGGGACAGAGAGCGGUACCAGCAGUGGGAAAGGGAGUACAGGGAGUGGUAUGAGAAAUACUUCGGCAACUACACCGGCCACGGCCACCACAUCCCCCCUCUGCUCCCCACACCACCUCUGCUUCCUCACCAGAGAGAGGAGAGAAACAGUGCCCUAUCCUCCUCUUCCUCCUCUUCGGACUCCCACAACCGACCCCGAAAGAGGCUGGCCCCUAGGAGGUAUAGCCCCUCCCCUCUCCCACCACCAUCCAGUCACAGCCCCUCUCUGUCUGUCCAGGAUCGGACCCAGCCACUGACGUACCAGCAGAGGUGCGCCGGGCUAUUCGGACGGCAGCCAAUCACUCGUCUGGCCCGAAGGGAACAAGGAAAUGCUGAUGGCAACUCCCAGCCAAUCACAAGAGAUUCCAUGACUGUAACCGAUGCUUUGAACUCUGACCUCAACAUGCACAAACACAGGAAGGAGAAGAAAAAGAGAAGGAGGAAUGAGGAGGAGGAGGAAGGGAGAUGGAGAGAAGAGUCAGCAUCAUCACUUGCUGCCGUCGAGUCAACAGACUCCCACCGGAAGGAGAGGAGCAAAGUCGUCGCGCCAGAGGAACCAGCAGCAACAGCCUCGCCUCCACUUCCACCAGCAACACCUCCGGGUGGAGAACGUGAAGGACGAAGGAGAAGGUUGAAGAAAGAGGAUGGAGAGAAAAGGAGAAGAGAGCCAAGCUCCAGGCAAGACAAGAAGAGAAGAAAGGAGACGACUGAGACGGAUAGAGAUGCCGACUCCCUCCCAGCUGGCAGCAAAUCUCCAGACAACAGAUCUGGGAAGAAGAGGAAGGAGGGAGGGAGAAGGGGGAGGGAGGAGGAGAGAAGUCCCUCCAAUGAGACGCGCCACAGCAAACCUGCUGAAACGGAAAUGACCAAGGGCUGCGAAUCCCCAAGAGUGUGGGACAGACAUAAGAGAGAGACGGAAGAGAAGAAAAAGGAGAAGAAGGCAGCAUGGGGAGGCACCAGGUCUCUGCUGGAGAGAGAUAUCUGGGAGGGGGGGAUGAAGGUGGAACCGCAAAAGAAAAUAAGUAUCCGCAUCAACCUGAACAAGAAUAGGGAGGAAAAGAGAAGGAAGACAGUGGAAGAGGAGGAAGAGAAGGAGAGGGGUGACAAAGGAGAAAGAUGGGAGGCGAUAGAGAGCAAAGGAGGAGAGGAGAGGAAAGGAAAUGACUGGAGGGAAGUAAGCGGAGAACAGGAGGCAGUAUGUGAAGAAGAGAGGGAAAAGGGAGAGGGGGGAGAGAGAGAUAGUAUUGGAGAGAAGGAGGAGGAGGAGCAAGUGAUGGCGAACAAUGGACGAGAAGAUGGCCUCAUAACGGAGGAGGAGGAGCAAGUAACGGACGCAGCCGGGAUGGAGACAGAAAGAGAAGAGGAGAAUCUCUACCCAAGGGACAGCACCUCUGGAGAACAGGAGGAUGAGUCCCAAGAGAAGAAGAGAAAGACAUGCAGAGACGCGAAGAUGGAGAGUGAAAAGGGGAGGAGCAGCAAAGAGGAGGAGGCAGCAGUGAGAGUGGAGCAGAGGAGGAGCGAGAGUGGAUGGCUAGAGGAGGAGGAGGAAGAGGAGGAGAAAAGAAGAGAAGAGACGGGGGAGUUGAUACCAAAAAGCAAAGAGGAGAAAGAGGGCGGAGCGAGUGGAGAGGAGAUGAUGAAGAAGUCCAGGAGAAGAGGGGAGCUGAUGGAGGGAGCUAAGAGGAGCAGGAUGAUAAAGGAGGAGGAGGCACGGCUGCCCAAAGGUCAGAGGGGCUCGACCAAGUGUGAGGCGAGCCCUCCAAGCCAGCACAGACACAUCAUGAUGCAGUCUGAGAGUAGGGGCAGUCCAGAUCAUCAGGGCAAUGUGAGCGAUGAGGAGGAGCAUGAAAAGAAGAGGGUGGUGAAGACUCUGGAGGAAUACAUUCAAGACGGACCCACACCCACCCAGGACGAGAUAGUACUCAUACAGAUCCCUCGCUCCAAAUGGGAGAAAGACGAGUCUGAGGUGGAAGAUGAGGAAGAAGGAAAGGUCAAAGUUCCAAAUAAAAACCGUCUGGCACCUCCGCCAUCAGUCAUCACGCCAACAGCAGAGAUGCCAACCAGCAGUGAGAGAGAGAGGAACAGGGAGAAGGAGAGAGAGAGGGACAGGAAGAAAGAAAACGCUUCAGGCCUUUCCCACUCCAGCAGAAGUGUGGCUCCCCCUAGUGUAAAGGGGAGGCCUGACAGCAAACGCACCCAUGACAGAACCUCACCUACUGACAGAGAGAGGGAGAGGGCGAGAGACACAGAACGCAGCAGGGAGAGAGAGAGGGCGAGGGACAUAGAUCACAGCAGGGAGAGAGAGAGGCCGAGAGACGGCGAGCACAGCAGGGAGAGAGAGAGGGAAAGGGUGAGAGACAGAGGAGCCAGUAUGGAUAGGGAGAGAGAGGGGCUGAGAGACGGAGAGCACAGCAGGGAGAGAGAGCGAGAAAGGGUGAGAGACAUAGAGCGCAGUAAGGAGAGCGAGAGAGAGAGCGCCAAGGUGAGGGACAGAACAAGGGAGCAGUUUAAAAAGAGGACAAGGGAGAAGGAGAGGCCAGUCAGCAGAGAAGGAGGAAAGGAGAGAGAGAGAGGAACAGCCUCGGACCGACAGGGCAAACCUCCUUGCUCCUCCACGCCCUCUACUUCAUGUUCCUCCCUCACCCGGGAGCGAGAGAGGAGAGAGAGCAAGGAAAAGAGAGCGCAGGGGCGAGAGAGGCCGCGAGAGAGCGACCGGGGCAGUGAAAAGAGCUCCUCCUUCUCUUCCUCCUCCUCGCGCUCUUCCUCCUGUCAGGGUUCCUCCUCCUCCUCCCGUUCGGCGGAGAGAAAUGAUGACCAGGAUGCGGCAUUUGCCGACCACAGAACAUCCACAGGAGGCCUCACCACCAAUAAAGAUGCCGGUGAGGAGGGGAAGGACCCCUGUCAUUAUCAUCCACAAGAUCAACGAGACUACUCCCACCGCUCCACCGAUGGCCCUGCCCCCUGUGAAGCCUCCGUACGACUGCAAGAGGCAUCAGAGGCCGCCAAGCCACAAGGGAGCGGGGAUUUCCCGCAUUGUGAACCCCCAUCUCUGCCCCACAUUUCCUCAGAGGAGGAUCUGGCAGAGAAAGCGAAGGCCAAGCGGGAGAAGCCGCAGGAAGAGGUCUUUUCCUUUGGGUGGAAGAGAAACAAGGGACAAGGCACCUGGAGCUCCAGAGCCAUGGAGCAGCACAGUUCUCGAUGGACAAACAUCUCCCAACAGACCCGGAGAGACGAUGCCGGAAGGGAGACAGGCAAGAAGGGAGAGAGACCUAUGUCUGUGCCAGGGAGAGAGAUGGUAGACACCAUCUUCAUGUUCGACUCCGCGAAAGAGGAGGAGCAGGAGCAGAGAGAGAUGGCGGACACCGUCCAAAGAGAGAGAGAAGGAGAACAGAGGAGUAAAUCGAUGGAGACCAAGGAGGAUGGCUCGCAGCGGAGAGAGAGAUGGGUGCCGCUGGAGGAGCAGAGGUAGAGGAGGGAGAGAGGAGCAGCAGUGCUGGUUUGUCCGCGAGCCAGGAGGACAGAGAGCAGGAAGAUGUGUGGUGGGAGAGGAGAGAGAAGAAGAAACACAAAAAACACAGGGAGCACCAGAGUUAAAGCAGCGUGGAGAAAGAGGAGGACGAGCCAAAAACUGCCAAACACAAACACAAGAAGAAAUCAGAGACGCGCCAAGGGAGGAGGAGAGGCGAGCUGCAGAGAGGGGGAUGACUGGGUAAAAGAGGAGGACAGGAAUGGAGAGAGAAAAGAGGGGACUUAAGAAGACCAAAUCUCCGAAAGUAAUCAUGAGACGCAGCAUUUUCCUGAAAUGUGUGCGAUGACGUUGAAGUCGAGACUUUACUUCCCUUGUUGGUUCUUUGUAAUCAAGUCAAACAAACGAAUCACAAUAAAACCUUCAGAUGACUGUCAGUCUGGACUGCAGAUGACCGUCAGUCUGGACCGCAGAUGACCAUCAGUCUGGACCGCAGAUGACCGUCAGUCUGGACCGCAGGAGUUGAGAUCAAGUGAACAACUUCGUUGGCUCUAACAUGGACCAGAUUUAAAGCCGAUAAUUGCAUUGCAGAAGUUUAUAUGUCAAAUAUUUCAAAUCUGAAAUAUUAUGGGCAGCUGAUUUGAGUUGAGCAGGAUUUUUAUUUGACCCUCGGCCUUAACAUGCAGAAACGCUGCUUGACAUGUAACAGCAUUACACGCCGGCUUGGGCUAAGAGAACAUGGCAUGACUAGUUUUUAUGCCAGGGUCAGUUUGCACUGAGGGGAAUGUCUCUGUAAACGAUGCCGGGAUGAAUUCAGGAUGAAAAGAUGGUGGACAAACACUUAUUUCCACCCAAUAGCCCUCAUGCUACGCCUGGCUUGGCCUGUGCCAAAA